AUGACUGUCACUGUUCGUGUCGGGGCAGUCCAGGCGGAGCCCGUUUGGCUUGACCUUGACGGAAGCGUGGACAAGACCAUCUCCCUCAUCGAGAGCGCAGCGGCAGAUGGGGUCCAAGUUUUGGGAUUUCCUGAAGUCUGGAUCCCAGGAUAUCCGUGGUCCAUAUGGACGUCGAGCGUCAUCGAGAAUACCCAUAUCAUCCACGACUAUAUGGCCAACUCAAUGCCUCGAGACUCGGCGCAGAUGAGACGCAUACAAGCUGCUGUCAAGAAGGCGGGCAUGUUCGUCGUUCUCGGCUACAGUGAAAGAGACGACGCGAGCCUUUAUAUGGCCCAGUCGUUCAUCUCAACCGAAGGAGAGAUCGUCCAUCACCGCCGCAAAAUCAAACCCACGCAUGUCGAAAGAUCGAUCUGGGGAGAGGGGCAAGCAGAGUCCCUCAAGUGCGUUGUACCAUCGCAGUUCGGCAAGAUCGGUGGGUUGAACUGCUGGGAGCAUCUGCAGCCUCUCCUCCGCUACUAUGAGUAUUCGCAAGGGGUCCAGAUACACGUAGCAAGCUGGCCCGCGGAAUUUGAGAUGCCUGACCCAAAGAAGAUCGCGUGGCUCUAUCACGAGACUGGGGAAGCAAGCUACCGAGCCUCGCAGUUCAUGGCAAUGGAAGGACAGUGCUUCGUUCUAAUUGCGUCUCAAAUCCUAACAGAGAAGAACCUGGAGAAGAAUAACCUUUCCGGCAACCCCAUCACGAAGACGCCUGGCGGUGGAUUCUCGAUGAUUUUCGGGCCCGAUGGCAAACCCCUUUGUGAGCCGUUGGGUGCUGGUGACGAGGGCAUCAUGACAGCGGAUGUCAACCUGAGAGACAUUGACUACCCCAAGGCCUUUAUCGACGUGGUGGGUCAUUAUGCCCGCCCCGACCUGCUCAGUUUGUUGGUGAAUCCCACCAAGGACACGCCUGUGACGAUGAUGUCGAAGUAG